CAUCAUUAAAGUUUUGACCACUAAAUUGGCAGCAUGCUUAUGACAUGUGAUAUCUUGUUUUUGUUUGUUUACGUUUUGCUAAAAAAUUUUAGAAAUAUCUACCUAACCCAAUAAAAUAUUGAAAUCUAGAUAUGAUCCACAGAUAUAUUUAGCAGAAAACUUUCUUCAAAUUCAAUAUUAGUAACUGUGCAAAUGUUUGCGUAGUUAUGAAAUCCAUACUGUUGUUCUAUUUGUCAAUAACAAUCUGCUUAAAAUUUACCGGAGGAGCUUCUACUGCAGUCUUACUAGUUACUAAUAACGGUCCCUCAUACCUUGGUGCCAAUGUUACAUUCUCAGCAGUGUUGCUAGACUAUUCAUCUGAUAAAACUUUAACGUUUGUGUUUGAUGAUGGAAUAAUUGAUCCUGAAGAACAUCAAACUAAAGAUCACAAUGUUACUAUCAGUAGAGCUUUUCCAGAAUCCAUUUACGAUGAAGGGACAUAUGAUAUGAAUGUAACAGUUUUAUAUACAUUUCUUUGGGAAAGAACUUUAGUAUCCAAUCUUACAAACUUUCAACUGCAAAAGGAUCUAAUUGGAGAGAUUGUAGUUCAGCAUGGAGAUGACUAUACAGCUCUUGAUCUAGAUGAAGUUGCAGUUGGCAGCAAUGUUAGCUUUGCAGUCAAUAUCUAUAAUCCUGGGAACUAUUUGAAUGAUGCUGUUUUCAGUUAUGGUUGGAGUGUAGAUUGGGAACGUCAUCAAACCUCUGAUAAUUUACUGAUAUAUAAAUUCAAAGAUCGUGGGUUGAAAGACAUAAAAUCUAUUGUUACUGCAGCUUUACCAAACAAUGUCUUCUUGAGUGGUUCGUUUGAUAAAAUUGUAAAUGCAAAAGUACCAGUGGAUAACCUGAAUGUGACUGGCAAUUUUUUCAUGCAUCAUGGUGAAACACUGAAUCUCAACAUAAAUUGCAGUGGAACGCCACCAUUUAUCUACUGUUACAAAUUAAUGAAUGGAAAUGAUACAUCUGAUAAUUUUACCUGCUCUCAUGUCUCCACAUUUACUACAUGCCACAUGGAAAUAAUUAAAUAUCUUCAAAAAGAUGGAAAAUACAACCUGGGUAUUUAUGUCAGCAACAAUGUGAGAGAAAUUAAGAAAGUUUAUGAAGUAAUGGUUUAUAGUGUUUCUGUCACUCCAACACUAUCAACAGUUAUUAUGCCCAUUGUAUGCAGCUUACUGGCCCUUAUCAUAAUUUGUGGUGGAAUCGCUUAUUUCAUUCAACACAAAAAUCAGAUGGAAGUAGAAACGGCUAAUUUUGAUUUCCAGGAUGAAUCUGAUUUAUAUCCUGAGCAGACAUUCUUUGAAAAACUUUUUGAUUCCUUAUCUUGUAGAAAUUGCAAAAGCCCUCAGUUGUCUUGUAGUAGUGCAAGUGAAAAUGAUCCACUGAUAUAAUAGAAUUAUCGAAAACUAGAUUCUCUAUUACCCAAGUUGUAUUGUUAUCUAACUGUUAAGUACCACCUAUAAUUGAGUAUGACUAGCUGUGGUGAUUUUUCUUUCUGAAUAACGUUGAAUGUUGUGUAAUCAACACUGUGAUAUUUGUAAGAAUUUAGUUUUUCAUGACCUAGAAAUAGAGAUUAUAUUUUAUAAUGUGAAUAUAUUCCUAUCAUAACAUUUAUUUAAUUAUCUCUAAUCCUUGGUGACAUUAGAUAAAUGAGGUUUAAUUAAAUUUAGGCAUAAGAGUAAUUAUAUUACAACCUUUUUUUUUUUUUUAUCCUCAAAGAAUCUCCUUUAAAGUUGGAAAAAGAAACUUCUCUGGCUCUUUUGAAAGAAGCUUGUGUGAGUUUUGUUUACACUUAGUUAUAUUAUAAGAGAUCUAUGUUAAAACAUUCAUAUUAUUCUUAUUAUACAUAUAUUCAAAGUCAUCCAAAUCUUCUAUUAAUUUGCUAAAGAAAAUAGAUUUUCUGGUAUUUUAAACAAUAUAGUUUUAAAGUUGAAGUAUAUAGAUAACUAAAAUUGUAUAUAAAAAUAUUUCUGAAAUAUGCUAAUUUUUCUUGCAUUUUAGGUAAUGUAUUUUAAAGUUAAGGCAUAUAAAUAAUUAAAAUUCUAUACAUUUGAAUAUUUAAUGCAAUACAAUAAUUGAAUUCUAAAAUAUGCUGAUUUUUCUCGAUAUUUUAAACAUCAUAUUUAAAUAUUUAACCCUAUACAUAUACGUAAUGAGAAUACUUAUACAUUGCUGAAAUAUAUCAACUAUUAUAUUUUAAACAAUACUUUAAAAUAUAACAUCAUGUUAAAAGCAAAAUUCUUAACAUCAUGUUAAAAUAUCUUAUAAUUGGGAGUAUACUUAUUUUUUAAGCCGGCUGUUUAUCUUCUAUUUUAAGGUAAAAUAUGUCAAGUAAGUAAAAUUCCACACAUUGUAAUUAAAUACUUAAUAUUCAAUGCUAUAUUGGAAAGAAUACAUAUACAUGGAAUUUUCAAAACAGUUUUCAGUAUUUAUUUAGCCUUAUAUUUUCAUAAUGAAAAGCACAAUCUGAUCUAUUUUUCUCUAAACUUUUUAUUUAUACUUACUUCAUAUAGUUGUUAUUUCUUUCAUCAUAACUUUUAUUUUUCAUUAAUGUUACCUAUUGUAUUUUGUAUGUGAUUUGGGUCUAAUUUAUAAGAAUAUAAUUCCAAGCCAAAUUAGGAUUUUCAAAAACCAAUUAUCUUUUUUUUUUUCAAGUUGUGUUUAUUUACAAAAAUCAUCUAUUUAAGAUAAAGAAACAAUUUUAAUAUCUUUUACUGUGCUCAUUGGAUAAGUCAAAUGAACACUAUAAAAUUAUAUGUUUGGUUUGUCGGAAAAUACGAUAGGUUAUUUAAAAUUCUGAAGUGAUUUGUGGGGAUCUCUAGAACAGGGAGACACCAGGCACAUGCCUUAUCUUGUGUAAAUCAGGCUCUGAAUGUGACGUUCUUUAGGAGGGAAAAAAAUUAGUUUCUUUUUUUCCAAAUAAUUGUAAAAAUAUAAACUUAAUAUGUUAUAUAAUAACAUAUAAAAAAAUGUGUAUCUAUUGAAUGUAUUAUUUAAAAAAAAUUUUACUUUUUGUGUUUGUUUAAAGAAAGGUGAAAUUUAUUAUAAAUUGUAUGAUAUUUAAACUUUGCUUUUUUUAUUUCUCAACUGUUUAGUUGCAUUUUUGUCCAAUUUUUAAAUAUUCUAUGUUCGUUCAUUUAGUUUCUGAAACUUAUGUUGUUAAAAAAAAUCUUUGAGCAUUGAUUUAUGUAAUUUACAUUAUCCUCCGAAAUUGGAUGUUAUAAAGAUAUUAAGGAAAAAAUUUUCAAUACAAGCAUAGAAGAUACAAUGGAUUUAAAUUGUAAAUGUAGGAAAUUUUAAGAUACAGAAGUUUUUGAGGUAGACAAGUUUGGCUGUAUUCAUAAUUUUAGUUCAGGUUUAGCUGUGCACACAAUUUUAGUUAUGCAUUUAUUUGAGGCUUUCUGAAUAGUAUUUUUUUAACCACCACCUGAGUAAAGUUUUUAUUUUAAAUGUAUGCUUAAAUUUAGCAACUUCUUUUUUCAUAAAGUUAAUGUUAAAAUUUCUUCAAUAUUUGUUAUGCCUCGUUAUAUAACGAUCUGAUGUAUUUUUCGUUCUUGAAAUUUUUUUACUUUUAAGAAGUGCUCCAAAUUUUAUAUCAAUUAUUGUCUUAAUUCGUUUGUAUAUUGUUGAUCAAUAUAUUUAAAAUUAUUUACUUGCAUAAAACCAUGAUUUAAACCUUGACCUUAAAAAAAAUUAUGCUUAGAAAGGCAAAAUUAUGUUUACUAAUUUUGAUCCAGGAUUUGUAUAGUAAAUUAGUAUUAAACAAUGUAACAAAUUAUGUAUUUGUACUUAAAUUCUUCCAGUUUUAUUUUGUGCUUAGAUUUUUAAUUUUAUAAAUAUAAUCUAACCCAUGUGUUAACAAUUCAAUUCAUGUUGUUAAAAUUUUAUUUUAGAUUUUGCUAAUAUGUGAAUUGUUUUUGCCUCUUUGUAAUAAAAGUCAUUUAUUUCUUA